UUUGUUUGGCAAUCGUCGUUGUACGUUAAAUUACCAGCCACCUAGAGGCCUGACAGAGAAAGCAACUUUUCAGAUGAUGCUUUUGUGCGUAUCAUCAUUUGCUGACGAAUUCCAUGAAACGAAGAGCACCAAGUCGAACCAAGAGGAAUCGAGCUCGGAAUCGAACGAGCCACCGGAAGGAUAUUACGCCUUUGUCAAGUCGCCCAAUGCCGAACCGCCAAAAGUGAGGCCACCGCCUUAUAUAGACAGCGAUAAGGAGUGUUACGAUACGGGCAAGCAAGGAAAAGGUUUCGUCUCCGUGCACAAUAUUUGCGGUGACCUGAACAAGGGCUACAUCCCACGGAAUCCGAUGAAUCAGUACUUCAACGGAUCCUCUUAUCCUUUUGCUCUGUUGAAAAAUCACACCCUCAAGUUCUUGAGCAAAGCUCUGCCCAUACUCAAGGCCGACGAUUCCCUACCGAAAGUCGCCACGGUUCAAUCGUACUCGCAAAAUUCCGUGGACACUGACGAGAAACGAAGCAGAAGCAAACGAUCCUCCGACUCGGAAACGAGUCUGGACUCGCUACGAAACGGUCGAAAAUUCUGCGAAAAUGGCGGAGGAGUGGUCUGCAUGUUGUACAAAGCCAUACAAGGCGAACCAUUGGCUACGUCGAUAGCCGAACGUCGAGACGAACCACCUACUCCAGAGUACCGCCAACGAACACCAGCCGCACCGGAAAAACAGGAGUACACAGGCCCACCCACACCCUGUCCAGCCAAAGUGGAGUACGCGACGCCAGUUUUCGCCAAGAACUAUCAAGGAGUUUGGCGAUACGUGGUCCAGAUCCCUUACGAGGGCUACUUCACGCAGACUAUCGAAGUCACCAGAUGCAUGCAAUCAAAGUGUCAUUACCUGGACGGUGGUUGCCUGUCGUCGCCGCGAUGGACCAGUCUACUCGUGGCGGAAAUCUUCUAUCCGGACACUGUGCUGGAAGAGAAUCAGAACUCGCGAUUCAAUGGACUGGGAGACGCUACUGGAUCGCCGCCACCUGUUCACGAUUUCCAGAAUUAUCAGCAGUACUUGCAGAAACGUGCGGGCGAGAACGAGGCUCGUAACAACGGAGGUUCGCAACAACAUCAUUGCGACGGCGUCGACGAAAUGGGCUGCUUCCAGGUGAGACUGUACUACGACUGGUUUCUGGUACCAGGUAGUUGCAAGUGCUGGCGUCCUGACUACUUUAAUCGGUACGUACGUCGAAGCGGGACUAACGUUGAAUUGUGAUAUCGAAUCGUUGCGAGUGUUAUCGAUCGAU